GUUUGCUAGAAGAGAAGAAGAAGUCGACAACAUGUGGUCGCUACCGCUCCUUGCCACAAUCGUGGCAUUAGGAGUCGUCCAAGCAGAAGACGAAGAAUCAUUUGCGCUGAAAUAUCUCAACCAGUUCAGCUAUCUUUCAAUGUCAAGAUCCGGCAACCAUGAUGUGAAGAAAGCCAUCAGCAACUUUCAGCGUUUUGCUGGCUUGGAUGUUACUGGUCGUCUGGACAGACCUACUCUAACUUUGAUGAAAAAACCGAGGUGUGGAAUGCCAGAUGAAGUGGCCAGCGGUAACCGUUUUCGCCGCUAUAAAACAGCCUCAAAAUGGAGGAAGACUUCUUUGACGUACUACAUCCAACAUGGCCGCGACCUCAGCAGAGAUCAGCAAGACCGUAUUUUUGCUAAGGCGUUGCAAUAUUGGGCUGACGUAUCAUCGCUCUCGUUCAGGAGAGUGAACAGUGCAGGACAAGCUGAUUUGAAAAUCAGUUUUGGAACCCGAAGACACGGAGGAACCAGUGCUGAGAGAACAUGUGGAAGUACAUUCGACGGCCCGGGUAGGGUUCUGGCACACGCGUACUUCCCCUCGGACGGCCGCGCCCAUUUUGACGAAGAUGAAACAUACACAGACGGGCAAUCAAGGGGAACAAAUUUGCUGUGGGUUGCCACCCAUGAAUUUGGGCAUUCACUCGGUUUGGAACACACCAACGUCAAAGGUGCAAUCAUGUACCCCUACUAUACUGGCUACGUUCCUAAUAUGAAGCUUCACUCUGAUGACAUUGCAGGGAUACGCUCACUUUACGGAUCUGGCGGCGGAGGUGGAGGUGGGGGCGGAGGUGGAGGCGGCUGUGUAGACAAGGAUCGACGUUGCCGUGGAUGGACCAGAUACUGCCGCUCCAACAGAUAUGUCCAGGCUAACUGUCGGAAAACAUGCAGAUUUUGCUGAACUGGAUGGUACUCACAUCCAAACUACAGUUAUUGAAAGGAACGACAUCUGGAGCACCUUUUGAAAGCAUAAAAAUCGUUAGCUUUGACCAUGAGUAGCACUGUAGCUUAGACGAACGAAUGAAUGAUUAAACGGAUUAUUCAAAUGAA